AUGCCACAACCCUACAAGUCGGUGCCCAUCACAAUACACCAAAGCGCGACCCCGAGCAUGAUUGUGAACGCCAAGAAAUUGUUGAGCGAUCAGCCGCAACUCAUCGACUGUCCCAGAUGCAAGGUAAGAGUUUCGGGUUUUUAAAAUCCCACGUAAAGUAAUAGAAAUAAUAAGGUUGAUCACGUCCGAAGAUAUUUAUUUUAUCUUUUUAUAUUUUUAUAUUAUAUUUUAUCACCUUUUUUGAGGCAUAUUAUUUGUACUACUGCAAUAAUAUCCAGAUAAAACUAAAAAAAAUCUUUUUUCUAGCAUGUUGUUGUCUUUUCUUUGCUAGAUAGCAAAGGUUAGGAACAAGUAAAGUUAGAAAAAAUGGUCGUAUUGUAAGUUACAGUGGGGGACCUGAUCCAGUGGCAAAAAACGUUCCAUUUUUGCAAGUAUCAAGAAUGUGGCAAAAUGCUUCCCUCUCCAAGUGAAAAAACUUCGUUUUGAAGGCCCUUUCCGUCACAAAAAGAGCGGGCGCGCAUUUGAAAUCGGUGAUCUUUCUCUUCGAGAGGGAAGCAUUUUGCCACAUUUUUGAUACUUCCCGGAUGCAAAAUGGUGCAUUUUUUUGCCACUGGAUCAGGUCCCCUAUAAAAGCAUUUUUUUAAACACGACAGUUCAGGUUUUAGUGUGAUUAAAACUAUAAAAAAAUAAAUAAAAAAAAAAUAAAAAAAAAAUAAAAAAAUAUCUACUUUUCGUUCAGAAUCACGGAGACACCGUUUUGGUCUACAAGAAUGGACUUUGCACUUGGCUCACUUUUAUUGGAAUUCUAUUGGCUUCCGUCUUGGUCAUCCCUCUCUUCUUCUUAUGGGUUCCAUUUGUCAUCGACGCCUUCAGGGAUGUGGAGCAGUAAGUGAAUUAGAGGGUCUCUUCGUAACUUCUGGACUGUUAUCAGUCUGUCGGGAAAAUAAUCAGCACAAUAGCGCUGCGCCGAUCGCGUCGCUGAAGUGAGAAGCGUUUUCGUUUUGCCGAGAUACAAUCCAUUUUCUCGGCGGCAAUUGCGAUAUGCGAGAGAGUGCUCAUUAAUUUCCCGACAGACUGAUACUUGCACUUUUAACCAGAGAUUGCCACGGCCAAAUUUGCGGCACCGGUUCUUCGCUCCCAGAGCCGGAGCCGAGGCCAAAUUUGCGCCUCAGGCUCGUUUUUUGACUGUGUAUGUAAAUGUGCGCUAUUGAGCUUUUGUGGCUUUAUUAGAAAACAUGAAACGAUCUUGAAAAUAAUCAAAAACAUUACGAAAAAUUACACGAACUGAACACCUCCUUUCCAGUAUUUUUCAAGUGAUUGGUUGAACAGGGUCACGAAAUUUUUACUUUUUUUGAACGCUGAGAAGCCUGGCUCCGACUUUGGGCUCGGGAGCCGGAGCCAAGAGCCGUCACACGUCAAGAUUUUGCGCUCAAAGGGUUAUCUGUCAACACGAAAGUUGGCAUUCUGUUUCCGCUUAUGGAAGUGUCCAAAAAAUCCGUCUCAAUGACGGUUUUUUUGGACGAGGUCAGAGGAAAGGCGAAAUAUUGCGCAAAAUGAAGAGAUUUUCUAUCUCGAAACUGGCUCAUUUGAUUUUUUCGUUUUAGGCUCAAAAAAUCCGCCUUGUUCCAGACUAUGUUUCCACGCAACUUCAAAUAGGGGCGAGGGAAAAUCUUAGAGAAAUCCUCGAAAUCGCAGCAUUUUUUAGGCGUUGUUAGUUUAGGCUUCACACAGAUAGAAGACGACCGAUUGUUUAUAUGAAAUAUAUAUGUUCAGGUUAAGAAGGAGCCCAGCUUCAAAUUUAUGUAUGCAAUAACCCCAUUCUACCCCAUCUUCAUCGUGUAGUCAGGUUAUCUUUGGAGCAAAAAAUUAUUCUUUCGCCGAAACAGAAUGCCAAGAAUUUUUCAUUGCUUGAGCGCUUUCGUUUUAUUUUUUCUUGACGUGCGUCAUCUCUGCUAUUUCGAAUUUUUCAGCAAUUCAUUUCCCCCUUUCCACUGAUGUUUUACAUUUUCAGUCACUGUUCCAACUGCAACGCUUGGGUGGGAACAUAUCGACGAAUUGGCCGCAGCACGUGA